UGAGCCUGACGGAAGUCGUGCAAACCUUAAUGACUAAACUGUGUGUUUACUAAACUAAACACAUGCUUUAUAAAUUCGGACUGUUCAUAACUUUUACACCGACUGUUGUUUUUGUCUGUGUCGUCUUGAUGUUCUCAGUGUUCGUAAAGUUUUAAGUCCGUGUAAACACAGAAAGUUCUGUUUUAUGAGACUGGGGGACACCGGAAGUGACCUGACAAAACAAGCUGUCACUUUUCCGGCGCGGGAAAAUCGUAAACACAAGCAGCGGAAGAAAGCUCGUUAAUAUACCUUUCUUCUGCUCUGUUUGUGACCUCAAGCGGCUGUAACUUCAAUUCGAGCAAGAAGCAAGAAGACGUAUUUCACACUUUGUAUUAAACAGAAGGUUUACGCUGAAAAGCGCUGGCGAGCUGUCGUAGUGUUGUAGACGACAUGUAGCUUCCUGAAGCUUCCAGGUGAGGAGUGUGGAGUCUGUGGUUCGCGUGAUCAUGGACCGGUACAACGAGGUGAAACUUCUCCUGAAGAACUGGGAGCAGGACUUUGUCAAACAGCACCAGAAGAAACCCAACAAGGAGGACAUCGAUGAAGCCCCAGAGGAAACCAGGAAGCUGUACAAAGAAUACAGAAGUUUGAAACAAGCCAAAGAAAACAGUAGCAGUGGGCAGUCCAGAUCUACAGCUGAGGGCAGCACAGCCCAGAAGGAGCCGGACUGUUGGGGUGCCCACCUGAACCGCAGUGCACAGAAUGCAUCUUCUCCCAAACUGACAGCCGAGGACAGAGACAGCCUUAAAGCCUCGGCCCAAUACUAUGGCCUCAAGCUUAAAAACAACCUGACUACACUCAGUAAGGAGAGACCUGUCUCACUGAAGAAAUCUGUCCUUCCUGGCCGAGUGCCUCUAAACUCCUUGAAAGAUGGACAAACUAGGCAGACAAACAGCCCCAUUGCUGCCACUGCCAAGACUGCUUCCCCCGGCCCUGAAUUCAGCCCUUUCUCACCAAGAAGAGUUAAGACUUGUCUGGGGUCCCUGGAUUCACCGACACUCCAUCCAGCUGAGCCCGAAGAACAGUUUAAACCAUUUGAACCUAUCGGAGAGUCUUGUGAAGAACCUGGAACUUCUUCCAGUAGUUGCAGUAGUAGUAAUACUGAUAGUAAUAGUUGUACUAGUAAAAUGAUUAGAUCACAGAAUCUAAACACCUCUUGUGUACCUCCCUCUCCAGCCAGAUCUUCUGCCCUGUUGGCGUCAUUAUCUUCUCCAGGUAGAGGAGGAACUUCAAGAGGAGACUUAGGAACCACAGGAAAGUUAAAUGGAAGUAUAGGAGCUGCAGUAGACAAAAAAGAAGAUGCUGAAACUUUAGGAACUCCACAAAAGGGUGUUGGUUCUGCAGGUGUUGGACCUUUGAUGGGCUUGAGAGGAAGCCCACAGUGUCUUGGAGGUUUCAGAGGAGGUAGAGGUACUGGAGGAAAGCCCUCUCCUGCUAGCAGACUGGGUUUUGUUGACAGGAAGUGGCUGGAGAGGUGUCAGGUGUUUGGGGAGUUGGGGGCUGAGGUGAAGCCUGGAGCAGGCAACCAGGAGAUAGAUGUGGAGAAAAGAGCAGAAAGAGAAAGGGGCAGAGAAACAGAUGGGAAAAUGCACAGAGAUGGCAAAGAGGAAAUGGAUGCAGAGGAAGCAAGAAGCGAGACGAUAGACUCGCGAAGAGAUGUUGCGUCUAAGAGCAUCAGUAGUGAUAAAAUAGUCAGCGAUAGUCUACAACACACUGGAAAAAGCAGAAGAGGAGAGGAAGAAAUGAAAAAGAAGGGAGGUGAGGAGAUGGAAACAAGACUGACGUCACCCCCAGUGCCAGAAGAAGACAAUGAAAUCAGUCACAAACCCAAAGGUACAAAGAAGAGGGGGAGGAAAAGACAGAGGGAGGGAGAGGACACGAAGGGUGAGACACCAGAGGAGGGAGGUGUGAAGAAACGGCGAAGGAACGGCAAGAAGAAAGAGGAGAGCUCUGACGUGAACCCCAGCCCAGCUCAAGAAGGAGGGAAGAAAAGGAGACGCAAGAAGAAGGGUGAUGAAGAUGAAGAGGCAGAAGAAAAGAAAGAAACCAAGGAACCAAAAAAGGUUCCCCAGGAGAACUUGUUUGGAGAAAUAGAGGAAGAAUUUGGAGCCAGGAGAAUGUAUCACUCUCAGCCAGUCAAAGCCAAAACUGCAAAAGGAGCAGAGGGUAACUUUGUGAAGAUCAACCUGAAGAAGAAAUCUCAUGUCAAAGGAUACGCACUCAGGGGUCUUGGUCUACGCAAACAGUUGUACAUGCAGAAGUUCCAGCUGAAAGGUGAACGUUUUGGUGGAGGUGGUGGAUUUUUCGGCAGAGGAACGAGGGGUGGAUUCAGAGGGGGGUUCAGAGGGGGGUCCAAUCGCCAGGGUGACACCUGCUACAAGUGUGGAGGGACUGGACACUGGGCCAUGGAGUGCAAGGGACGAGCACCUCCUCCUCCUGUUAACGAGGACCCGCCUGCUGAAGAGGAGCCAUUUGAACUGCCCACCCUGGAGGAGGUUGCCAGGGCAACGGGGACGUUGCAGCAGUCACUGGUGGCAUCUCCAAGUGACAAAGAGGGUCAGCCAUAUCAAGAAAAGGAGGUGGGAGGUAACACCACAGACGAGAUGUUGCUGAAUGUGAUUCGCCCUGACUAUGAGCGUCCUGCUCCGCCACCACCAAUGGAACCACUUUAUCAUCUCAAAGAUGAUGGGAAAGUCCAGGAAACACCUGCUGAGGUGUAUGCUGCUCUCAGAGACCUUGGCUAUCAGUCAUUUAGACCAGGACAAGAGGAAGCCAUCAUGAGGAUCCUGUCGGGUCUUUCUACCCUCGUGGUGUUGUCAACAGGGAUGGGUAAAUCACUGUGUUAUCAGCUCCCAGCCUACCUGUAUGCACAGCGCUCCAAAUCCAUCACCUUGGUCAUUUCACCACUCGUCUCCCUCAUGGAUGACCAGCUGUCUGGCCUGCCAGCCCAUCUGAAGGCAGCCUGUAUCCACUCCAACAUGACAAAGAAGCAGAGAGAAGCUGCGAUAGAAAAGGUGAAGUCUGGUGAGGUCUGUGUGUUGCUCCUCUCUCCAGAGGCUCUGGUUGGUGGAGGUGGUUCAGGUUCGGGGUGUCUGCCCUCUGCUCAGGAGCUGCCACCUGUGGCCUUCGCCUGUAUAGACGAAGCUCAUUGUGUCUCAGAGUGGUCUCACAACUUCAGACCGUGCUACCUCAGACUCUGUAAGGUACUAAGGGAGCGUUUAGGAGUGCAGUGCUUGCUGGGGCUCACGGCCACAGCCACACUGUCCACUGCUCUGGACAUCGCACGACAUCUGGACAUCACAGAUCAAGACGGCAUCGCAGUCCGAUCUGCGGCAGUUCCUUCUAACCUGUAUCUGUCUGUGUCCACGGAUAGAGAAAAGGAUCAGGCUUUAGUCACCUUGCUGAAAGGUGAUCGCUUUGGUUGUCUGGACUCCGUCAUCGUCUACUGCACCAGAAGAGAGGAGACAACUCGUGUGGCGGCGCUGCUCAGGACCUGCCUGCAGGGGGUGCUGUUGAAAGAAAACAAACAAACCAGCAGUCAGGCACAACACAACCCUGCAGGACAGAGAAAGAAAGAUCUGGCAAGGAAGAAGAUCCGUAAACCUCUGAAGUGGCAGGCAGAGUCGUACCACGCCGGCUUGUCAGCAUCAGAGCGCCGCCGCGUCCAGAACAACUUCAUGUGCGGGGAGCUCAGGAUCGUGGUGGCCACUGUGGCGUUUGGCAUGGGCCUCGAUAAAUCUGACGUCCGAGGAAUCAUUCACUACAACAUGCCCAAGAGCUUUGAGAGCUAUGUUCAGGAGAUCGGGAGAGCGGGAAGAGACGGAGAACCAGCACACUGUCACCUCUUCCUGGACCCUGAGGGUGGGGACCUCCAUGAACUCCGUCGUCAUAUCUAUGCAGACACUGUGGACUACUACACAGUAAAGAAACUGGUCCAGAAAGUUUUCCCUUCAUGCAAAUGUAAACAGAUCCACCAGAAACAACAUGAACUUGUCAAGGACAUUGAAGACUCUGAGCUGCUGGAAAUAAUGGACGUGUGUGAUCAGGAAGGCAGCCUGGACCCCCCCACUCAGCAGGACAUAGCCACAGACAUACCAGCACCGUCUACUGCACAGGAGACGUCACAUCCCGAUGCAGCGGAGCAACCGCUCCAAAAAGAUAGAGCUGAAAGGAAGGAGGACGAGGUGGAGGAGGAGAAGGAGCAGACUGUUGAACACAAUGAAGCUGAUGGUUCGAUGAAGGACAAGGAUGUGGCCGGGGAUUGGUUGAGGGACCAGGAAGAGGAGAGCAGUGACUGGCCCAGAGAGAGAGUGUGUCACACUCAUGAGAGAGCGAUUCCCAUCCAAGAAACUGUGGAGGCUCUGGACAUCACAGAGGAAGGUGUAGAAACGUUGCUCUGCUAUCUGGAGCUGCAUCCCCAACGCUUUGUUGAACUUCUCCACCCCACGGUGUCCAGGUGUAAAAUCAGCUGCUACGAUGGACCGAGGCAGCUCCAGAAAAUCACUAAAAUUUGCCCUCCAGUUGCCGUGGUGUUGGCCAGAAGACGGAUGGCAGGCGAGCGAGUGGAGAAUUGUGAUGACGUGGAGUUUGAUGUCGUGGAGGUUGCGGACAUGAUGGGAUGGCAGCUUCCUCUGGUGAAGAGAGGCCUCAGACAGCUGCAGUGGAGUAGUGCUGGCGGACGUAGCGGCAUCCACGUUGAAUUCUCCUCCAUAUCCUUCUACUUCCGUUCCUAUGGCGACCUCAGUGACGAGGAGAUGGACAGAGUUUGUCAGUUCCUCCAUAAUCGAGUGCAGAACCAAGAGCGAACUCAGCUCUACCAGCUGACUGCCUCCUUCAAGGCUUUUAAAAGUGUCGCGUACCACAGCGUGUCGUCCUGUGUCGACGAUUUGGACGAGAGUCGCAGCCUCCAGCUGAAGAGCCUUCUCUCUGAAUACUUCGACAAGAGGCGAGACCGAAGCCAGACACUCGCACCACUGGACAUCGAGGAGCUCGACAAAUAUAAGUUGUUAGACUGGGAGAAUCAGAUCAGAGCCGACAUCAGAGGUUUUCUCAGCAACCGAAGUGAUGAGAAGUUCUCUGGAAGAGCUGUUGCCAGAAUCUUGCACGGCAUCGCCAGUCCUUGUUAUCCUGCUCAAACCUAUGGCAGGGACAGACGCUACUGGAGGAAGUACAUCCAGUUUGACUUCAACCAGCUCAUCAGACUGGCUACUCAGGAGAUCAUUCGCUUUAAAUGACAGAUCAAAUACACACACACACACACACACACACACACACACACACACACAUGCACACGCACAGGUCAGCACACAGGUCCAUUCACUCAUGAUGAAUUAUUUA